UCUUUUACUUCCAGGUUGUGUCACUGUUCACUGUGGCAAUGACACUGUCCCGUGCAUUGAAGGAUUCAGUGUUUUGCAGUUGGUUAUUCCUCAUACAGUGAAAGCAGACACGUUGUCGUCAACAUGUCCUCCACCACGCCAGGUUAUUCAGAGCAGCAGCAGCAGCAGCGCAGAGGAGCACAGCUACCAGUAGGCUUGGACUACAUCCCCACAGAAGAUGAGAAGACAGUGUUUAAACAAUGCAACCAGGAGAGCUUUUGGUACAGGUCGGUUCCUUUCUCUGUGGUUGGCAUGGCUGUCACUCAGGCCCUAGUUGCCAGAGGGACGCUGUCUGCUUCUCCAAGGUUCGGAUCUCUACCAAAAUUGGCCUUUGCUGGCUUAUGUGGCUACGUGGCUGGGAAGAUGUCAUAUAUGAAGACAUGCCAGGAGAAAUUCAAGAGGUUGGAGAAUUCCCCUCUGGGAGAAGUUCUCAGACAGAGGACUGGACCACCUCAACAAUAUUCCAAAGGUCCUCAGUCAGAGAUGAGUGACCCUGACAGUGAGUCAUUUGACCCCAUGUUUCAGUCAUCAGAGGCACCCAGCCAGAUGUCUGGCUUCACCAGAGACAAUGAAUAUGGCUUCAGUCAAACGAGCAAAGCAGAUGACUUCAGUGCUCCAGCCUCAGCCCAGUCAUACAUGGAAGAGGAAGAGUCUCAGAAGAAGCCUAAUAUCUUCUAUGAGGACCUGAGGCUCAAAAACAGAGAAAACUAUGAAGUCACACUCACCCAGAAGGCUGAGACACUGCUCAAAUCAACACCUGAGAAGGAACGAGAAAGACCCAAGAAAAAUGAGAAGAAGAACAUCUAUGGAGACACCUGGGAGGAAUGAGCCCUUUACCGAACUGAUGUGAUGAUACCUGUGCAGCUCACUCUCCCUUUUGUUCAAGUGUGACUUGGCCUCAGGUGCCAUGCCAAGCUCUGUGUCCGGUAUCAGUACGAUUCAAUUAAACCAAACUGUUUGCUGAAUUAAACUCUCCAACACUG